AUGGCACCGGAGCACCAUUCGCAGCUUGGUGCACAAUACCAUACCAUGAACAUCAAGUCUCAGGAUGCCACUCAACACCCUGCUCCGACAUCUACCCCGAGAACCACCUCAUUUCCCCUAUCUACGUGGUCGACUCCCAAGAACCAUCCAACUACCCUCCGCUUAGGAGCAACCAAGCCUGAGCAACAUCCCCCCAAGACACUGCCGUACUACGCAAGAUCCCGGGGUAUUAACCAGCCACCCGAACGCUUGGUGAAGAAGCAAGAGUCGGCCAUGUGCUACUACCAGCGCAUCUGGUGGGGCUGCGGUUGCUACUUCGGCGUGAUCCUGCUCCGCCGCUGCGAGCACCGCAACACGCCGCGCUGCCAGCGCCGCCACCUGCUGGACCGCUGGCACCUGGCCACCUACUGCCCGCACCACCGCGACCCGCCGCUCCAACUCACCUACGACGCCGUCGCCACCGCCGCCGCCGCCGCAGCCAUCGCAGCCAAGACCAGCGCCCGGGCAGUCGUGGCGCCACCGCCAGUGCAGCAGAGACCGGCGAUUCUGGCGAAGGAAACAGCAGCAGUGGCAGCGAGUGAUUAA